GGCCACCCCCCCCCCCCGCGCGCGCCCCGCCGCCGACCCCGGCCCGCGCCGCCCUCCCGCCUCGCGGUAGAAUUUAAAGGGGGCGCAGCAUUUCCGCUCUGCUCAGGUGACCUUCCGCUCGCCUAAGGUGCCCCGCCGCCGCCGAGGAACAUGGCGAAGGUGGAGCAGGUCCUGAGCCUCGAGCCGCAGCACGAGCUCAAGUUCCGAGGUCCUUUCACUGAUGUUGUUACCACCAACCUGAAGCUUGGCAACCCAACUGAUCGGAAUGUGUGUUUUAAAGUGAAGACCACAGCACCACGUAGGUACUGUGUGCGGCCCAACAGUGGGAUCAUUGACGCUGGGGCCUCCAUCAAUGUAUCUGUGAUGUUACAGCCUUUCGAUUAUGAUCCCAAUGAGAAAAGUAAACACAAGUUUAUGGUUCAGUCUAUGUUUGCUCCAACUGACACUUCUGAUAUGGAAGCAGUAUGGAAGGAGGCAAAACCGGAAGACCUUAUGGAUUCAAAACUUAGAUGUGUGUUUGAAUUGCCAGCAGAAAAUGAUAAACCACAUGAUGUAGAAAUAAAUAAAAUUAUAUCUACAACUGCGUCAAAGACAGAAACACCAUCAGUGUCUAAAUCUCUGACUUCCUCCCUGGAUGAUACCGAAGUUAAGAAGGUGAUGGAAGAAUGUAAGAGGCUGCAAGCCGAAGUCCAGAGACUUCGGGAGGAGAACAAACAGUUCAAGGAAGAAGAUGGACUUCGGAUGAGGAAGACGGUGCAGAGCCACAAAAACACCGACUAA